AGUUUGAAACACAUGGCCGCCUACUGUGUUUACAACUUCUCGUAAUGAGCUGGUGAGUAGAAACACACAGUCCCAAAGCAGAAGGAUUCGUUUUGCGCGUCAGUCGGUUUCUCCGGCCUUGGGGGAAACUUUGACACCGCCGAGGAGAGAAGUGUUUGUAACCAAACCGCAAACAGAACCAAAGGCCGGGCAAGCCACACUGCAGGCUGGUGGGUGCUGUGAUGUCCUCGUACCCCAACAGACUCAAACAUCCACACUGCAGGAGGAAGCACUAUCCUAGUAGCACUUACCUCACCCACGUCUGACAGCCACUCGCUGGACACAAGGCACUUAAACGCUGACUGGAGGAGAGCUUGACAGGAGAGAUUGAUAAACAAAGAGAGAUGUCUGACUCAGCUGGAGGUGGUGAAAGCGGAGGUGUUGCAGGUGCAGGGCAAGACUCGGAAGCUGAUAAUGAGCCUCCUCAACAGGCCCCACCUUUACUACCUAAAGGUGAGAACCUAGAAGUACGGGAGACCUCUGAGGAUGGGAACCCACCAUCUGCCAAGCGGCCCAGGAUGAGCGAAGGGCAACAGGGGCUGGAACAGGCUAUGAAGCCCAUUAAACUGCAUGAAGAAAUGCCAGCACAGGCGGACUUGCUGCAGGAAAACCCAACCCCACCAGAGCAAAGAACAGGGGAACUACUGCAAUGUAAGGAGGAAAGUCGAAAAGGGGAAGAGGUAACAGUCAGUGGGGAAGGUGACGAAGAAUGUCAUCAGAACGGAGAUCAAGGGCAUGAUGGCUCCUUAGAAGGAGAGACGAAACCAGAGGAGGAGCACAACGGUAACGGAUCUGCAGACAGCCCCAGUGACGGACAACAGCUUGGAUUGGAUUUUACCCAGAACCCCCAGAUGCUGACUGGUUCCUGGACUGAGUACUCCAACUUUCCAGAGAAUUACCUUAAAGGCUGCAAAUGGGCCCCUGAUGGUUCUUGUAUCCUGACCAACAGUGCAGACAAUGUUCUCCGUGUGUACAACCUCCCUCCAGAGAUUUACAGCUACAACUGGGAUGUGCUUCCUGAGAUGAGUCCAGUGCUGAGGAUGGCUGAAGGAGACACCAUCUACGACUACUGCUGGUACCCCAAGAUGAACUCAUUGGAGCCAGACACAUGCUUUCUCGCCAGCAGUAGCCGUGACAACCCAGUGCAUGUGUGGGAUGCGUUUUAUGGCGAGGUGCGAGCCAGUUUCCGACCCUACAAUCACCUGGAUGAGCUGACAGCAGCUCAUUCCCUCUGCUUCUCGCCAGAUGGAGCACAGCUCUACUGCGGCUUUGACAAAACAGUCAGGGUUUUCUACACUGAGCGUCCUGGAAGAGACUGUGAAGAGCGGCCCACUGUAGUGAAAAAGCAAGGCCAGAGUGGCAUCAUCUCCUGCUUUGGCUUCAGCCCCUGCCAGUCUGUUUACGCCUGUGGCUCUUACUCCCGCUGCGCUGGCCUCUACUCCUGCCAAGACGGCACCCUGCUGGCUCUGCUGCCGACCCGCCACCACGGAGGCCUCACCCAUCUGCUCUUCUCCCCUGAUGGCAACUACCUGUACACCGGCGGGCGCAAGGAUCCAGAAAUCCUGUGCUGGGACCUACGAGAGCCUGGAAAGGUUGUGUUUUCUCUUAAGAGGAACGUGGCCACUAAUCAGCGCAUCUACUUUGACCUUGACCAGUCCGGCAGAUACCUGCUGAGUGGAGACACAGAGGGAGUGGUGUCAGUGUGGGACACCCAUACAGCUCCUCCAGAUGGGAACGAAGAACUGCUGCAGCCUCAGCUCAGGUUCCAGGCGUACUGGGAUUGCACCAACGGUAUCAGUAUUCACCCCUUCAUGCCACUGCUGGCGACAUCCAGCGGUCAGCGGCAGUUCCCGUGGCCCGGUGACAGCGAGGGCGACUCGGCCUCGGACACCGAGGGAAGCGGAGCAGUGAUGUCGCAGCAGGAGGCCCGGCAGGACAACGCCCUGACGCUGUGGUGGGCCGGACCGCUCUGUCCUGCCGCUGAGGGGAGCCAAGACCAGAACACAGUGGCGGCAGAGACCUGAAGCUCUGUUAGUUCAGCCAGCCGACACAAAUUGAGUUACACUUGCCAUGUGAUAUUUCUUUCUGGAAUGUUUGGUGUGCACACAGCUAAUUAUGGGUCAGUCACAUUCUUUUUGCCAGCAGAAACAUGAAGUACUGAGGUGAAAAAGCAUCACUGGAUCAGUUUACAUUCUACACUUUCACAGUCAAAGUAUAUUUAGACCAGAUUAAAUUAAGUCUUAACAUAUCACCCGCAAGUUUACAAUAUGCACACCGUACUCCGACUUCCUGAGUUAAAUUAAAGGAUUACGAAACAUUUUACAUCUCGACAGUGCAAAAUAGACCUUCAGCAGUCUGUGUCUGAAGACUAGACGUGGUUUUAAUGCCAAUUUGGUGAAAUGAAAUUGCCAAGGUUAUGGUUAAAAGCAAGAAGGUUUUUGUUUUUAAAAGGUGAUGAGAGGUGGGUUAUGUAAAGCGUGGAUAUAGAGCCAAAUUUCCUUUGUUUACCUUUCUUAUUUUAAUAGGGAGUCUCCGUCCUGAAAUGGAUGAAUUUAGUUGACGUGAAAGCCUUGUUGUGAAGCAGCUCAGUAUCUAUCCACUGAUUGCGCCUCCAGUCUGAGUUGCGUCUGUGGGAGUGUUUGUGUACGUGGCUGUAAUGCUGCCCCUGAGAUUCCUCACUGCUCUAGUUACAGUAAGUGCCAUUUGUUCUUAAGCUUUGCUUUUGUAAACUGAGGGGGAUCUCCUGUUUUUACCUUGUUUUUUAAAGUAUCGGAUGCACCAAGUUGUCGCUCUGUGCAUGCCCACAAAUGUAUAUUUUUGUAAAGCCGUGACGAUGAUUCUAAUUUUCGAAUGUAUACUCUCCAAGCAGCUCGCUCGAUUACUGUAACUUCAUACCAAUCUGUGACCGUCUUUAAUUAGUGGGUGCACCUGGAAAACGAGUGUCUUAUUUUUUCUACAGAUUGUGCUCAGAUUACACUUGUACCUGUGUGAUUGGUGAUGCAGCAGCACAAAACACGUCGAAUAGUUGCGCUAAUACUGCAGUGAUUUGCUCAGUGCUUAUGUUGCCGUUAGUUGGGUGUGCUUUGCUGUCGGGUCUCUUUGCAGGUUGGGUCAGAAACUCAGCACGCUCCAGCCAAAGCUUUGUAUCUUUAGACACUGAAAAAUCUAUCAAUUUUUAAAGCCUCUGCUGGUUUCACUUCUUGGAACUCAAAUUUGUUGCCAAUUCAAUCGCAGCUCUAAUUUUGUAGCUAAUGUUGCACAAAACUACACAAAUUUACGCUCUACCAGGAAGCAUUAGGAACCAUGCAGGCCUUGAAGAUGUCAAAUAAGUCUCUAGAUAGACGGCUCUGUCUAUAACAGGUGGUUUUCUGGUGAUUUUAUUCAAGCUGGAGUGAAUUAAAAGCAUAUCUCAACAGA